AUGGGGGGUAUAAAGAUGCCCUUAAAGAGGCUUCAAGGUGCUGGUAGCUUAAGAAUGCUGUCCUGGAGCCCCAUGACUGAGCAAGAAGAGACAACAGCUGACAAGAAGGAGCUGGAGUUCAGGGUAUCAAAGCCUUCCUACCACCAGAUUCCUUGUGAAAUUCUCCCACUUCCCCCAUCCGUGUGGAGGAAAAGCCCCCUGCAGCAUGGCUUUAACCAGCCUUCCAUAGUGGAGCAGCCUGGGUUGACUAGCCAGAGGCAGCGAUCUGCAUACGAGAUUAUGGCCCAAAGGAAGAAGUCAAUGAUGGAGAAGAAAAAGCCUGACUUCCUCCUCUCAAAGUUGCUAAAGUCCAUCCACAGCUUAUACCCAGCGAAGAUUAAAUGGAAGGACACAGAUCCUGGGAUCAAGAUGCUGCAGCUGGAAAGGAUAAAGGAGCUCAUGGAGAGCUUGGCUUCUUCUGUGGAACAAGAGCAAAUCUACGCUGCUCAGGCCCUGGGCUGCCUUAGGAUCACUGAUGAGUUUGUGCUGUCUGCACUUCUCAACACCCUCCAGGUAUCCAGGAGUCAGCCCGUGCGAUAUGAAGUAACUAGGACCCUGGUUUUAUUUGGUUGCCUGGAUGCCACUGUGGUGAAGGAGCUGAUCAGACACCUAAAGAAGGGAAGCCCGACUCAGAGAAAAGAUCUCCUCGCUGCUCUGGUGGUGGCUUUGCACGCGUGGGCUGCAGGACCCGAAUCCAAGCGGAGUGUGGUGGGUGCCCGGGCCAGGCUCAUUGGGACCCUAGAGCAGCUGGCAGCCUCACAGGACCGCACAGAUGACUUGGUCCUCUUGGGAGCCACCUGCUUGGUGUAUCUGGAUGCAUCCAAUCCCGCUGCCCUGGAGGCGCUGCUGAGGUGCCUGACCCAGGAGAACAUGAAGAAGAAAAUGCAGGUGCGGAUCUUGCCUGAUCACCAGGCUUUGCUCAUGCUGGUAAAGCACGUGAAUGUUGUCCACGCUGAUAUCAUCCAGGCCCUUAUAGAUCAGCUUCGCCAUUCUCCAGUGUACAAGCAUCGCGCUGAUGCCGCCAAUUUGCUGAGCACCAUUGGGCUGGAGCCAAUCCGAUGGGAAGGCUUGGAAGAGGAGGUGUUCCAGCUGCUGGUGGAAAAGCUGCACCAGGAGCCGUUUCUGGUAGUGAGACAGACUGUGGCAAUGACUGCGGCAGCUCUGCAGAUGAAGGGGCGAAUCUGGGAUAUUGUGGAGAAGCAGCUGAAGGAGAAGAUCGAGGUGAGCCGAAGACAGGCUGUGGUUUCCUUGGGGGUCCUUGGUCUUCGCAAUAAGCAUGUGUUCUUUACCUUGCUGGAAAUGCUGGAGGUGGACAGCAGUCUGGCCGUUCGCAUCCAGGUCAUUAGGACGUUUUGCACCUUGGGAAUGAACAAUACGCACGUGCUGAAAACCCUGAUGCUCAAGGAACAGACAGAUGGGGCUCUAGCCAGAGAAUGUGCGAAAGCUGUGAAGAUCCUCCAGAAGCUCCCUGGUGCUAGAAGAGGCUUGGAGCAUCAGAUCUCUCAGCUCUCCUGAGGCCCCACUGUCUGGGAGUGGCCUGCUGCUGUGGGAGCUCAGAGGGAGUAGCUAACGUGGAGAGAACGCAGGGGAUUUAAAACACCAGCUCUGUAGUCAGGGGUUCUUCUGGACUGUGUGUUUUGCAUCUUGUCUCCUAAGAGUGCUGGGAGAUUGGAAUA